AUGGCCCCAGUUAAGUCCCAAGAAUCUAUCAACCAAAAGUUGGCCUUGGUCAUCAAGUCCGGUAAAUACACCCUUGGUUACAAGUCGACUGUCAAGUCCUUGAGACAGGGCAAGUCCAAGUUGAUCAUCGUCGCUUCCAACACCCCAGUGUUGAGAAAGUCCGAGUUGGAAUACUACGCCAUGUUGUCCAAGACCAAGGUGUACUACUUCCAGGGUGGUAACAACGAGUUGGGUACCGCUGUCGGUAAGCUUUUCAGAGUUGGUGUCGUUUCCAUUUUGGACGCCGGUGACUCCGACAUCUUGACCACCUUGGCUUAA